AUGGUAUUCCCAUGUGAUGACGAGGUUGAAGCAGCCAACAUUCGUGCGCAACUCGAUCAACUUCGUGCCGACAACGAGCGCCUCGUUCAGCAACUCGCCCAACAGCAGCAGCAACAACAGCAGCACCAGAAUGGAGCGCUUUCAGCAGGCUUCACAGCAAGCGGUGCGCUCACCCAGGCUAACCUCAUCCCCGCGCCAGCAGUUCAUCGGGUUGCUGUCAAGCUACCGCCAUUUUGGUCCGAUCGACCAAGCUUGUGGUUUGCGCAAGCGGAUUCCCAAUUUUUCAUCUCAAACAUCAAUAAUGAAGUAACGAAAUUUCAUUAUGUUAUUUCGCAAUUGGAGACGCGCGUUGCUGUGGAAGUCGAGGAUAUCAUAAGCAAUCCUCCUAACGAGACUCCAUAUACAUAUUUGCGCAGUAAACUCAUUGAGCGUUUGUCUGCUCCAGAAGAGCAGCGUGUGAAGCGUCUGAUCAGUGAGGAGGAACUCGGCGACCGCAAACCCUCGCAGUUCCUUCGCUAUCUUCACACGCUCAUUGGCACAACGAUUAUUCCGGAUAACCUAUUGCGUCAAUUCUGGCUCCAGCGCCUUCCAUCUUACGUCCAGGCGAUCAUCACUACCCAAAUAACUGCCCAACCUGCUUUGACCCUCGUUAAUCAAUUCGAAAUCGCUGACAAAAUUAUCGAGGUAUCACCGGCAACUUCUCUAUCCGUCAGAGCUGCAUCUUCAUCAACUUCUGUCGAGCAAGAGUCGUCGCAUAGCGCGCUGAUUUGCGCCACUGAGUCUCUGAGCAAACAAGUUGCAGAGCUUUCGACGCGCGAUUCUUGCAGAAAUGAGAAUCGCAGCAACAAUCGUGGACGACGUCAACGCAGCCACUCUAGGCAAGACUCAGGCUCUGAUUCUUUACGACUCUGCUGGUACCAUCACAAGUUCCAUGACAAGGCUAAGAAGUGCAUCAGCCCGUGCAGUUGGAAAUCGGGAAACGCCGACGGCAGUUCGUAA